UUCCAAUGUUCAUUAUGAACAUGGAAAAUAAUUAUGCACAGAUGUGUGUGAGCUCUUGUAGUGUAAUGCACGAUGAUAUUUUCAAGACAAGAGCCGCCAUUAUAGGAGGUGUAGAUUAUUUGGCCAUGUCGGGUAAUUUUCCUAGGGAAGAUUUAGUUAUUACAGAUCGUGUUUGGGCCGAUGGGUACAGUACUUAUGGGCAGCAGCUGCCUGAACAAUAUCAUAACGUAGCCUGUCAUGAAGUCAUGGGGAUUCCAGAAAUUUCAAGGUACUCUCUGGGCUAUGGUUUGUUUGAUAAUAAUCUCUAUCCCCAUAGUAGAUCAAAAUCAAAUAGUGCAUUCAGGAAUUACAUAAAAGAGUCUACAGAAGGAGCCCAAUCGUGUUUGGCACCCGCAGUGAAACAGAAAUCAGUAAAGAGGUGCUUCGAUUUUCUAAGGAUGACGUAUCAAAAUAGCAGAGAUAAGUCAAGAUGGGAAACAAAUGGUGGCUUGAUAGAGGAGUCAUAUGCAGUUGCGCAUAAGAUUGCUGAGCGUAAGAGGAGAAACAAACUCAGUCAACACUUUUUGGCUCUACGUUCUCUUCUUCCUCACAAUCCCAAGAAAGUUGAUAAAAGUUCCACACUAUCAAAUGCUAUUAUGGAGCUUAAUCGGCAAAAGCAUCGCAUAGAGGAGCUUGAGCAACUGAAUCAAAGCCUAACCAAUGCAGUUAGAGAGAACUCUAUGAGUGAAGCUUGUAGUAGCUUAUCUUAUGGCUGCGCAGUAGAUUCAAGAAGAGAUGCGCUGAAGCAUUGCAUUUGUGAAGAAGUAGUUGUACUGGUUGAGAAAACCAGCAUUCCUGAUGAAUCGAUCAUUGAAGUAACCAUGAAAAAGAUAGCAUCCAAUUGUACUCACAUGGACACCAUUGUUACAGUGGAUAAGUGCUUGAGAGACAUGAAAUUGGAGGUGUUGAGAAUCGAAUGGAGGGAGUUGGACUCAACAAGCCAAGUAAUUGAGGGGACAAUCCGCAAGAAAACAAAGGGAGAACGAUGGGAGACAAAAGAGAUUAAGGCCGCAGUGAAGCAUGCUCUGACUGGGAGCUGAGAGUCCUUAAUUUAGAACAUAAACGGUUUUUAUGAUAGGGCAGUAUGAAUCUGAGUUUUUGAGAAAAGGGGCAGGCAAAUUUCAAUGUCCCAAAAGUAUUGUACGGACAUAGGAGGACUGUUCAGUAACGAUCUGUGUUUUCUAUUGGCACACUGGUUUACUUUUCUUUUCUUUCCUUUCCUUUUUGGCCCUUUAUACGCAUACUGUUAUAUUUGCAAUUUUCAAACCACUACAAUAUUAUA